AUGCCCCCCUCCGACGAAGCAACCGCCUUCUUCCACGCCGUCUGCUCCGCCGUGCAGCAGAUCCCACCCGGCAAAGUAACUUCCUACAGCCACAUCGCCAUGCUCGUCGGCACGCCCCAACGACCCCGCCAAGUCGGCACGUGCAUGAGGCAUCUCCCCGCGGACGCGUCGCUCCCGUUCCACGCCGGCAACGUCCCGUGGCAGCGGGUCAUCAACGCCCAGGGAAGGAUAUCCCCGAGAUCGCAGCCGGGCGGGGCGCAGCGCCAGGCGGAUGCUCUGCGGGCGGAAGGCGUGGCGGUUGCCCGCGGUGCGCUGGGCGAGUGGACGGUCGACCUGGAGCAGUACGGAUGGUUUCCGAGCGCGUUGCCGCCUCCUGGCGCGGGGGCGUGA